AUGGAGCUCCCGUACACGAUAUUCGCGCUCGGCGACGCGCACUUGCACCGGAUACAGACGAGCGAGGGCAAGGUCCGUCGCCGCUCGCGCGUCGCGCUCGUCCUCCGCUCCCCGCUCGCGCGUCGCGCCCGAUUUGGUCGUUCCGUCCGUCCGGAGCGAAUCCUGACGCGCGCCGUCCGUCCCCUCCCCCUCGCGCCCCGCCGCGCGCAGAUGUUCAUCAUGUCCGAGCUCGCGUCGCAGCUGUUCGACGAGGGCCCGAUCAAGUUCGCGGCGGACCUCCGCGCGGGCCGCUACGUCCGCACGCACACCGUCGACCCCGACGUCCUGCACACCUGCGCCGUCCUCGGCGCCCCCGACGAGCACCACGGCGGCGGCAAAGACGGCGUCACGCUCCUCCCGGCCGCAUCCGUCGAGGAGAUCCUCGUCGACCGCCGCCGACGCGACCUCGUGCAGCCGUUCAAGCUCAUGAUGCUCAAGAUCGCGUCGCAGGAGGCGACGAAGCUCCUCGCGAGCGGCGACGAGCUCGACCUCGAGGCGGCGCUGCCCGUCGCGUUGGACGCGGUGGAGAGAGCGCAGGAAAUCUUCAAGCCGAGCCCCGCGAUCGAGCGCUUCCCGCACUACCUCCUCGCCGCGCGCGCUAACCUCGCGCUGCGCCGCGCGCGCGAGUGCGAGGACUUCCUCUCGCUCGCGUCGUGGCUCGUGUUGAAGCGCCCCGACGACGCGACGCACGAGAUGCGCGGCGACUUGGCGCGGAUGUUCGGGCAGCUGCGCAGCGCGCAGGGAGAGGGCGAGGAGGCGUUGAGGCGGUUCGCAGAAGACGUCUACUGGCGCGCGGAGGCGCACGGCCCGGAGGACCCGCGGACGACGAGCGGGUACUACGCGCUGUCGCGGCAGUUCGCGAAGAACGGCGACGACGCGCGCGCGCUGUCGUGCACGACGCCGAUCGUGGACGCGUGGUACGACGCGUGCGUCUCAGGCGCGUUCUUCUUCGCACUGGUUCCCAUACGAGCGCGUCGGCGUGGUGAACGCCGAUCCUUAAGGACUUUUGCCGGCGUUUCUCUCCGCCCAGGGUCCCUCGCUUUCAAUCCCGACACACCUCGACGCCUUUCAACUCCGCUUCUGACGCCUUUCAACUCCACCCCGACGUUCGCUCGUAUGGAACGCACCUCAGCGGUGCUCGGCGCGAAACUCUCGGAGGCGCUUCGCGUCGUGCGCACUCCGCCCGCGAAGACGCUGCCGUUUCACCGCGCGGGUUUGCUCGAGAUGAUCGAUAUGCUCGAGGACGUGCUGGAGACGCGGCGCGCGGCGCUCGGGGACAGGGAUCCGAGCUUGGGUGACUGCCGCGUCGCCGCCGGGUUGGCGUUGGUGAAGGCUGGGGGCGCGGAGGCGACGGCGAGGGCGCGGCUGCACUUUGAGGAGGCGCGCGUCGAGUACGACGAGGGCGAGCGCGAGCGGCUGGGGAUACUGCGGAGGGCGGUCGAGCUCGUGGGCGAGUACCGGUCGCCGACGAAGUGA